GUUCCCAUGCUUAUAAAGAGAAAAUUUUGGCUUAGAUUUAAUGGGUCGGACCCAACAUAUGUGAAGAGACCUGGAACUGGUUUGCGUUUGCCUCUCUCUUGCCGUCUCGUUUUCUAAUCGGUGAAAGGCUUGAAUCCCUCGCCGGAAAAUCUCUUUCUCAAAGAUAUGACACCAAAAUGAGGCAAACAAAGGCUAGACAGUUACAAACCUUCUCAUGGUCCAGUUCCCUAAGUCACUAUCACCGAAGCGGGUCCUCAAGCUACUCAAAGCAGAGAAGAAUCCGAACUCGGCACUCACUUUGUUCGACUCGGCGACUCGCCAUCCUGGUUACGUGCACUCACCUCCCGUGUUCCACUACAUUCUUCGCCGACUCGCCCAGUCGGGACUUGUCAAUCACGUGGGUCGAAUUGUGGAGCUCAUCCAGAACCAGAAAUGCCCAUGCUCAGAAGAUAUAGCUUUGACUGUGAUAAAAACAUAUGCAAAUAACUUAAUGCCCGAUAAAGCUUUGGAUGUUUUCCGAAGAGUGACUGAGAUUUUCGGGUGUGAACCUGGAAUAAGGUCGUACAAUUCCUUGCUCAAUGCGUUCGUUGAGUCGAACCAGUGGGAUAGAGCUGUGUCGUUCUUUGCGUACUUUGAAAUGGCUGAAGUGGCGCCGAAUUUGCAGACUUAUAAUAUUUUGAUCAAGAUAUCAUGUAAGAAGAAGCAAUUUCAGAAGGCAAAGGAGUUGUUGGAUUGGUUGUGGAAAAAGGGUUUGAAUCCGGAUUUGUAUAGUUACGGUACUCUGAUUAAUGGGUUAGCAAAAUGCGGCCAUUUGGUGGGUGCACAAGAGUUGUUCGAUGAAAUGUUUGAACGAGGAUUGGCACCUGAUGUCAUGUGUUAUAAUAUAUUGAUUGAUGGAUUUUUCAAGAGAAGGGAUUGGGUGAAUGCUGUUAAGGUCUGGGAUAGAUUAUUGGAGGAGUCUUCGGUUUAUCCGAACGUCAGUUCGUAUAAUGUUAUGAUUAAUGGUUUGUGCAAAUGCGGCAGGUUUGACGAGUGUUUGAAAAUAUGGGAUAGAAUGAAGAAGAAUGAGAGAGGGAAGGAUUUAUUUACCUAUAGUAGUUUGAUACACGGGUUAUGUCAGGCAGGGAACAUUGAUGGGGCUGAAAGAGUGUAUAGAGAAAUGAUUGAAAGUGGAUUAUUUGCGGAUAUAGUUACUUAUAAUGCAAUGCUUAAUGGGUUUUGUCAAGCAGGAAAAAUUAAAGAGUGUCUCGAGUUGUGGGAUGUCAUGGAGAAUGCAGGCUGCCAUAGUGUUGUGAGUUUUAACAUAUUAAUCAGAGGGUUACUAGAGAAUGGAAAGGUUCAUGAAGCUAUUUCAAUUUGGGAACUCUUGCCUGAAAAGGGCUUUUGUGCAGAUUCCAUAACUUAUGGGGUUUUAAUUCAUGGAUUGUGUAAGAACGGGUAUGUGAAUAAAGCUGUACAUAUAUUGAAAGAUGCAGAAAGUCAAGGAGGGGACUUAGAUGCCUUUGCAUAUUCCUCUAUAGUUAAUGGGUUAUGCAAGGAAGGGAGAUUAAAUGAAGCGGCUAAUGUAGUGAGCCAGAUGGAUGUGUAUGGUUGUAAACCAAACCUUCAUGUUUACAAUGUACUGAUUAAUGGGUUAAUCCAAAUUUCGAAGUUUGAGGAUGCAGUUUGCUUACUCAGGGAAAUGGAAACCAAGGGUUGUUCACCAACUAUUGUCUCAUAUAACAUUCUUAUUCAUGGUUUAUGUAAAGCCACAAAAUUUGCUGAGGCGUAUCUUUUUCUAACGGAAAUGCUUGAAAAGGGAUGGGAACCAGACAUGAUCACCUAUAGCUUGUUGAUUGACGGCCUUUGUCAAGACAAGAAGAUUGAAAUGGCCUUGAACCUGUGGAAACAAGUUCUUGAUAAGGGUUUUGAGCCAGAUGUAACUAUGUACAACAUCAUAAUUCAUGGACUUUGUUCUGUGGUAAAAGUUGAGGAUGCCAUGCAACUUUAUGCAAAGAUGAGGCAAUCCAACUGUGUUCCAAAUCUUGUAACAUACAACACUCUCAUGGAGGGGUUCUACAAAGCAAGAGACUGUGAGAAGGCAUCAGAAAUUUGGGCUUCUAUCUUUGAAUAUGGUCUACAGCCUGAUAUUGUCUCUUAUAAUAUUAAGCUCAAGGGACUAUGUUCCUGCAAUAGAGUAUCAGAUGCCGUUGGGUUCUUUGGUGAAGCUUUGGAUUGUGGUAUUUCUCCAACUUUCAUUACAUGGGACAUACUUGUGAGAGCAGUGCUAAAUGAUGGUGCUCACAUGCGAUCCUAUGGAGUUUAGAAUUGUUUCAUUAUUUGACCCCAGCAACUUCUAAUUUCUAUCUGCAUGAAGAAAAAGCUUAUUAGAAAUCAUAAUCUUUUCAAAGUGGGGUUAAAGCUACAUUUUUCUUUCUCUAGAGAAAGAUUAUGGCAUAAGAAUGCAUGAUUUCGUUGCGAAAGAUUAUGGCAGGUGAUCGUUGGGUGAGUUUUAUACAUGCUGGGAGUCCUUCCAUCUCCUGGAAAAAAGUUCUGGUCUCUGGCAAAAGACUGGAGGAACACUUAAGGCAGUCAUUGAAGAUAUUUUUUUCUAAUAUUUUUUCACUAAUUGCAGGCUGGGUUUGAUAUUCUCCCCAUGCUCUGAAAAUGACUGCAGUUCAUCUAUUUGGCAAGAUGGUGAGUCCUCCAGAAUCCAGAUUACCGAAUAUUUGAGCAACAGAUAAAUGACUGGAAGUUAUUGAUCAUUCUCCAUGGAAAAAUAGCAGAUAAACUGAGAAGACAAGGCCACUAGAAUGGCUCCCAGAACUGCAACCUUACGCCAAUCAGGUGAGGAGAUAAAAGAGUCAG